AUGGAGGACGAGCUGAUCAGGGACCAAAUUGUGGAGAAGACCCCUCACAAUGCUCUGCGUCAGCGCCUUCUGCAGGAGCAUGACCUAACACUGCCGAAGCUGCUCGGCAUGGCAGAGGCUCAUGAGCAGGCUCUGCAGCAGGCCGCUACUAUUCAGCAUGGUGUCGUCGCCGCUCCACCUGUUCCCGCUGUCGCAAAGGUGGAGACACGUAAAGGGCAUCAGCAACCUGCCCAGACCGUCAGCACCCCGUGCACCAACUGUGGACGUCACGAUCACCCUGUCCGUGAUCCCAGCUGCCCAGCCAGGCACAUCGUCUGCCACAUCUGCAACCGCCAGGGACACUUCGCUGCCUGGUGUCGCAGUCGCGACAACCCAGAACCCAGGGGUGGAGGUUCAAAGCCCAAGAAACCAGGUCCUCGUGGCGGCAGAUCUGGGUCCAGCCGUUCCAGACCACAAGCUGUCAGAGAACUGCACGUUCUGGCUUGUGAACAGGGCAAGUCAACAAAGCUGUCGUGUCCAGUGACCAUCACAGCCGGUGACAUCACACGUGAGGGUGUGCAUCUUCAAGUGGAUACAGGUGCCACCUGUUCGCUUCUAAGCCUGCAGCGUGCCAAGCAGCUGUUCAAGGGUGUCAGCUACGAGCCUACUUCUGCUAACCUGUACGGUUUCGGCCACAACCCCAUUCAAGUUCAUGGCACCCUCCCUGCCAUCAUCAGCUACAACGAGCGCAAGGUCAACGCAUCAUUCUACCUGGUGGACACGCCCCGCCUGGAGGCCAUCAUGGGUAUGGAUGUGCUGAGUGCCCUGGGAUUAACUCUGCACCCAGCUUCGCACACCAUCUUCGAUCUGGAUGAGCAGACCUCUGCGUCAGAGGAGCAACUUCAUCUCCCAGCUAUCGACGGAUACGCUCACAGGAUCCAGCUGAAGCCUGACGCUGUGCCUAAAGCGUUCAAGCUUCGUCGUCUGCCUCUCUCAGUCCGGGAGGAGGUGUCAGCUGAACUCAAUCGACUUCUCCGAGCUGACGUCAUCGAACGAGCAGACGCGUCUCAGUGGGUCAGCCCACUGGCUGUCACUCGCAAGAAGGAUGGCAAACUUCGCAUCUGCACUGAUCUUCGAUGGCCGAACUCUCAGAUCAUCGCGGAGGUACAUCCACUUCCCACCAUAGAUGACCUGGAGCGGAACCUACGAGGCACCGUCUACAGCAGGAUAGACCUGAAGUCCGCGUACUUCCAACUCUGCCUGCAUGAAGAUUCCCGAGACAUCACUGCAUUCCUCACCAUGGACGGCCUCUUCCGCUGGAAACGAGUUCCCAUGGGUCUCGUCAGUUCUGGCUCUGCGUUCCAGAAGCUCCUGGACCAAGUCCUGGACGGGAUCGCAGGAUGUGGUCACUACCUCGACGACAUCUUGGUGUCCGGGCGCACUCAGUCCGAGCACGACGCCGCCUGCAUGCCGUCCUGGCCCGGCUUCGCGCAGCUCGCAUCACAGUGA